AUGUUGCAACAUAUCCUCAAAGCACAGCUCAGCAACGUGUUUAGACAGCCCGGUCAUAUUCCGCGGCUUACACAAGCGCUCCCUCGGCAGCUCUCACUCACCCAGCCUGCAACACCAACUAUUUCACCGUUACAGUCGUUGCUCGGCCUUGUGCAAAGGAGAUACAAAUCCAGAGGAAACACGUACCAGCCAAAUACGUUGAAGCGGAAAAGAACAUUUGGCUUUUUGGCCAGACUCAGAACAAAAGGCGGUCAAAAGGUGCUUGCCAGAAGAAGAGCAAAAGGAAGAUGGUUUUUGACUCACUAG